AUGUGUUCUACGAACUCUCUUGAGGGGAUCCAUGAGGAGGAGCGACCGGGCGACGCCGCGUUGCUGUGGCCUGAGGGGAUGCAGCGGCAGGCGAGAGGAGAGUGUGGGCCGUCACUUCUGCCUGUUGGAGCGGCUCCAGAUGGGACGAACUACGCUCCGUACGUGGUGCAGUCAACGAGCACGUGCGCCGUGCCAUUUUCGGAGAUGUUGGAGUCUGCGCUUCACUCUUCUGUAGAGGCGUUGGCCACCCGUGCGGCGGAAGACGAGAGCGCUCUCAUCAAUGCGUGCGCACCUCCUUCCUCUUGGUGA